AGGGCUUCCUCUGCAGGAAAGGAAGGGAAAUGCCUGGGAGGAGGAGGCGGUGGCGAGACCUGGCCAGUGCGCUGCGAUCACAGAGGUACCCUACAAGCUGCCUGCAACCGCGCUCAGCCUUGCCAGGCUAAGCAUGGAGCAGGGCGCAGGCUGCUAGAGGCUUUGAGCGCUUCCCGAGCCCACUCUCUGCCCUCCCUCCCCCAGCCAAAGAGGCUCCGGCCACUACUGACUAGUUCUCCCCUCCCUUCCCCGUCCCGUGGGCUGGCCACACCGGCCCCACGGCCCAACCGGCCCCACGCCCCAACUUCUCCUCCAGCGGCUCGGGGUGAAGGAGGCGCGCGCGAGCCAGGCUGGCGGGACCAUGAUCUGAGGGCGAGCGCGCCGAAAGUUGGGGCCGGCUGUGGAAGAUGAGCCACGCAGACUUCACAAAACCACCACUAGCACCGAAACCAAAGAUUAUCAGUCCUCUUUCUUCAGUGGCUGUCUCCAGAUUUCCUCCUUCAUUGUCAAGACCUGAUAUUCUUCAUAAUCCAAACUCUAUGUCUAGAGGUCCAAAACCUCCCAUUGCUCCCAAGCCAAAACUCUCAGCUGACUCUGAGGGGAGAUCUAGUGUUUAUACCAACAAUAACCUAAAUAAAUUCACAAAUGGAAAACUGAUAUGUCCAGAUGGAGAGCUGAAUGAAGGAAGUCAGUGCAACACUGAGUGCUCGGAAGCUGAAGCUGGUGAUGAAUACAUCGUAGUUCCUGAGGUCCAGCUGACUGAUAAAGACUGUGAUGACUUUGAACAUGUGCAUGACCAGUGUUUAGAGUCCUCUGUAGAGAAUGAGGUCUUAGAAGCAGCAGGGGAGGAAGAGGAUCAUAGCAUUGCUAAUGAUGAGGAAAUGUGUAAUCCAGAAAUAACUGAAGCCCAGGACAAUGACUCUUCAGAUACUAUUGAACCUGUGGAACUGGACUCAGAUGGAUCAACAGAAAUGAGAGACUAUGACAGAUCUGAAGCAUUUAAUCAAGUGUCUUCAGAAGCACCUGAAGUAGAAGAUAUUGCUUCUAAGAAUAUAGAUGAAGAAGUGGACUGUGUAGAUGACCCUGAAAACUAUUUCAAAGGUGAGGCUAAAGAAACGUUUAAUAACCUCGAUCUGGUAAAGGACAAUAAUGAAUAUAACUUGGAAAACUGUAAGAUUCUGAAUGGAGAUGAGGACUUGAAGGGCAAUAUCUGUGAAGACAUUAUUCUAACACAUUUAUCUGUAGAUGAGCCAACAGCAGAAGAGAAUGAAGAACUGUCCCAAAAUUUAGAAAAUGAGAUAGCAAAUGAUGACAUGGAAGUGAAUCCAGCAAAUAGUAGUGAUCUGGAUGAUAAUGCAGAGUCUGUAUUGAGUACAGAAAUAGAAAUAAUACAUUAUAGUUGUGCAAAUUCUGAUGAUGUUGAUGGAGGAGAAACAGACAUUGGGUUAGGACUGAAAGAAAAUGAUGCAGAGGAGGAUUUGGGAGGCUCCAUCAAUGAAACUGCAGCUGAAGAAGAGGAAGUAAGUCCAGAUAGUGACAAAGAAACAAAUGUAGAAAAGGAAGAAUAUCUAGAUGAUGGUUACCAAACCAUUGAAAUGAAAAGUGAGGAGGAAACAUCAGAAACAACAUGUGAGGCUAGAGAAGACUCUGGAAAAGAGGAAGAAGUGAAGGCAGAGAAUAUAGAUGAUAGCUGUCAAAUUGUUCCUUUUGAGAGUGAAUGCAAUGAUGAUGUAAUUGAUUCACCCCAAGAAAAUUUAGGUGAGAAUUUGCAAUUUGAAAGGACUUAUUUGAAUAAUGAUAGCCAGCUCUCUAGCCCUCACACUGUUAGUGAGCCAGAGCUGGAAGUGGAAUGUAAAUCAAAUGUACUUGUUGAAGAUUGUGGUGACUAUGAAUGUUUUGUGGGAAAACCUGAAUCAGAUGAGCAAAUGCUUGAAGGCAAUACAGCCAGUAGUAGCUUUGAAGAAAGCUCCCCAAAUCCAUGUGAACAAGCAUCAGUUGAGGAUAAAUACCAAACAGAAGAAGAAUUAGUUGGAUAUGAUCAAAGCAAACGUAAAGCAGACUGUGAUUGUAAACAUGAGUGUAGCGAGUAUCUAGCAGUCCCUGAAGUGGUAAUUGUACCUGAGGAAAGAGAAACAACCAGUGAUUCUCUAGACGAUCCUUAUGUGUUGCCUGCAGAGAAUGCAACCCCACAUGUUAGAGAAGUGAGGCAGACUGAAUUAGAAGAUAUUCCAUGUGAUCACAGCAUAAGAGAAGAACUCACUGUAGACACUGAAAACAGCUUGCUAUCCAUUGAUCGAAAAAAUAUGGUCACUAGAACAAGGUCACUCUCUGGGAAAGUGCCUGGCUACGUGCCAGAAACUGUUCCAGAGGAAACUGGACCAGAAACGGAUGUACAGUCCUCAAAUAAUGACUCUAUGACUGAAUAUUUAACCAAUAACUUACUACCAUUGGAAGGAAAACCAAUGGAAGCCAAUAGGGCCUUACCAGCCAAGUCAAGACGUUUUAUUUUAUACCCACGGUCUUUUUCGGUAGAAGGGAGAGAUAUGCCAGUCUCUGUUCACAGAGAAACUGAUAGACCUACCCUGGAUGAAAAUAGAAUAAAGAGGACAGAUGACAACCUCUCUUUGCCCUGUGUAAUUGGUUCUUCAGGAAGCUUUUCACAGAGAAAUCACCUUUCGUCAAGUGGUUUGUCCACUCCAUCCUCAGUUGUUGAUAUACCACCUCCUUUUGAACUAGCCUGUAUAACCAAAAAGCCAAUCACUAAAAGUUCCCCCUCGCUUUUAAUAGAAAGCGAAUCGCCUGAUAAGUACACCAAGAAGAAGAAAUCAUCUUUUAAGAAGUUCCUCACUCUAAAAUUCAAGAAAAAGACAGAAAAUAAGGUCCAUGUGGAUGUUAAUGUUUCCUCUUCAAGGUCCUCUUCAGAGUCAAGCUAUCAUGGGCCUGCUAGGAUUAUGGAACUGGACAGAAGGAGUUUGAAUAGCUCACCUCAGCUAAAGUCCCAUGCUGGGAAGCUGCGAGCUUCUGAGUCUCCUUCCACUGUUCUUUUCUACAAGGAUGGUAAAAGAAAAGGGACACCCAAAACAUUUAGCAGAAGUGUGUCAAGGGUGGAGUCCUUUGAGGAUCGAUCCAGACCUCCUUUCAUGCCACUCCCUUUAACCAAACCUAGAUCUAUUUCAUUCCCUAAUGCUGACACUUCUGACUAUGAAAACAUUCCAGCUGUUAGUUCUGAUUAUGAAAAUAUACAAAUUCCUCCUCGAAGACCAACCAGGGCAGGAACUUUUACAGAAUUUUUUGAAGAUCCCAGUAGGGCAUUAUCUGCUGCUAAUGAGAAUGAUGGCUAUGUGGAUAUGAGCAGCUUCACAGCCUUUGAGAACAAGCAGCAAACCACAGACCAGGAAACAGAAAGUGCCUAUACCGAGCCUUAUAAGGUGUGCCCCAUCUCUGUGGUACCCUUGGAGGACAUCACAUCGGACGAGGAACAGAAGAGUUCUGAAGAUGAAGAAAGUAGCCAAGGGGAUCCCAGCCUCAUCCAUAAGAAAGAAGGAAAGUCCAGAGCUUACUUGAUUGCCCAGGAGUUGAUGUCUUCAGAGAAAGUAUAUGUGGAGAUGCUCCGGCUGUUAGAUGAAGAUUUCCAUGAAGCGAUCUUGAAAGUACUGGGGGAUGACGAUGCAAGUGAGAGGGAGGAGGUGAAGCUCAAGCAGGGCUUGAAUGAGAUCCCUGAAAUCCACAAACUACACCAGGAGAUAUUGGCAGAGCUGGAAGAAAGAGUCCUCAACUGGGAGGAACACCAGAAAGUGGCCGAUGUUUUUCUCUCAAGAGAAUCAAGAUUCAAUCACCACACAGCAUAUAUUAUGCAAUUUGAUAGGAAUUUGGCUUUGCUGGAUGAAACCCGCCUUAAAUCUUCUCAGCUGGCUACUGUCAUCCAGGAGUUUGAGCAGAAUCCUGGCGGCAGCCCCGUGAGUGUGAAGCACCAAUUUCUGAAAGUGGUACAGCGCAUAUUCCAGUACCGUGUGCUACUCACAGAUUAUUUGAAUAACCUUUGUCCUGACUCCGCAGAGUAUGAAGACACACAAGCUGCCUUACUCAUUGUCUCUGAAAUCACGGACCGAGCCAACGACAGCAUGCAGCAAGGGGAAAGCUUACAAAAGCUGGUAAAUAUUGAACACAGUGUCAGGGGGCAAAGCAACCUCCUCCAGCCAGGAAGGGAGUUUCUAAAAGAAGGAACACUGAUGAAAGUAUCCGGGAAAAACAGACAUCCUCGGCAUUUGUUCUUGAUGAAUGAUGUUCUGCUGUACACAUAUCCCCAGAAGGAUGGCAAAUACCGACUGAAGAACACCUUGGCUGUGUCUGGCAUGAGGGUCAGCCGCCCAGUGACAGAAAAAGCCCAAAACGUCUUGAAGAUUGAAUGCGCCGAACACUGCCUCACUCUGUCAGCAAGUUCAUGCUUUGAAAGGGAUGAGUGGUAUAGUUGCAUCAGCAGAACCAUUCCAGAUGACUACAAAGUUCACAAUGCAGCUGCCUUUCAUAACAGCGUUGAGCUAAGGGAAAGGCUGGGAAUAUCCUUGGGUGAGAGGCCUCCAACCUUGGUACCUGUGUCCCACGUCAUGAUGUGCAUGAACUGCGGCUGUGAUUUUACCCUCACUCUGAGACGCCAUCAUUGCCAUGCAUGUGGAAAGAUUAUAUGUCGAAAUUGUUCAAGAAACAAGCAUCCCCUGACAUACCUCAAAGACCGACUAGCAAAAGUCUGUGACAGCUGCUACUCAGAACUGAGAAAAAGGGAACGGCCAGUAAGUGUGAGCUUCCUUCCAACUUCAUCCAGGUUUUCAGGCAGUGCCUUCUCCUCAGUUUUCCACAAUAUUCACUAUUCAUCCUUCAAGAAACAAAAGAAGAUCCCUUCUGCUCUUAUGGAGGUAGGAUCAACGCUGCCUGAGAAAAGGUGGCAGCUUCGGGAGAAGGAUCUUCUAUCAGUGGCUAUCUCAGCAGGUGUAAAAGAGGCAAAAGGCACUGGAAGAAGCUCUGGUUUGUUAUCAAAGGCAAAGUCCUCUACACCUACACAGCAAGUGAGGAUAAAGUCGCCACAGAGAGUCUGCCUUUGCUGGGUUUCACAGUUACCCCAGAAAAGGAGGAAGGAAGUAUGGAUGCAGUUUUCCAUCUUUACCACAAGCAAACCUUGUUUUAUAGCUUCCGUGCGGAGGAUAACAAUUCAGCACAGAGGUGGAUUAAAGCCAUGGAAGAAGCAACCAUAUUAUAGCAGUAAUCAAUCAAAAGGACUUGGAAAAAUCUCUCAGAUUUCUUUACAUUCCCAUUCUGUUUCAAGCUAAAGAGUAGUGUAUUUCAAACCACUUGGUUAUACACACUGGAUAGGAACUGUUUCCAGAUUGCUGUCUUUUUGCUUCCUUCCUUUUAAGUCCAAAUUUGGGCCUCUGUCUGUGCAAAUUCAACCUGCACUAUAAACCACUCCCUUAAUCCCAGAGAAUUGCAUUUUAACAUCAAGACAAGAAAAGAAUUUGAAAUCAAUUUUUUCUGAACUCGCAUGGAAGUACUGGCUAGCAGUAAGUAACGGGUUCAGUUUUACUUAUCCUAGGGAAUGAUCAAUUUUCAUUUUGUUGGUUUUAGUAUCUACCGUUAACUAAGAAACAAUGCAGUAAACCACAGAUUCUCAUUUAAAGCACUUUAUUGUUUUAUUGUACUACAGCUUCAUUUUUUUCAUGUUUUCCAAGGAGUUCUGUGGACUGAUUUACCAUCAGUCUAUUAACAAGUGCCAGUGUGAAGUUAUGUGCAGCAUAUGUUAAGUUGCUUCCACAAUGAAUGAAUACCUGCAAUGCACUACAUAUGAUCUGCCAGUACGCCAAUGGCUAGGAUCCAGGGUGAUUACUUACCAAUUUAUAAUUUUACAUAAGUCACUGUGUAAUUUAUUUAAUACAUUUCAGAUUUUACAAUUACAGUACUUUAAAAUGCACUCUCCAAGCCCACAUGUCGAAAACUGUUUUCCCCUACAGACUGUAUUAAUUUGAAAUCCAAAGAAUAUUUUAAUUUAUUGUAAACCCUAAGACAGUUUUCACUUGACACUGAUCUACUUAUGAGUGUUAGAUUAUUAAAUAUCUGAUCGAACAUUUUUAUUUUAAGACGCCAUGUUGUUACUGCUUUUGAUAAAUAAUAUCAAAAAUCAAAUUCCUGUUACCAGCAUAGAGUAAUAGAUAUGCUGGCUGACUUAAAAACAGUUAUCCUAACAUGCUCGGUCAAAGUGCUUUGGAAAUCGUGUGGCUAAACGCUGUUGUGCAGACCCUUUUCUGCUGUACAUCAGCAUAGCUUCACUCAAGUCAAUGAAGCCAUCCUGAUUUACACCACUUGAGGAUUUAGCCCUGCAGACUGUGUUGUGUUUUGGGGGUUGUUUUUUUAAAGAAUGGAGGGGGGAAAAAACCACAAUGUUAUAAACACUGCAAUAAAAUAAUUUAAUUUCAUACACUUCUCCUAAUACUAGAAUGAGAAAUACAACAAUUAUGGUAAAAGUAUAUCUUUGCAUAAAAUAUCAGUGUCAAGGAUUUACUUACAUUAAAAUAUGUUUUGGGGAAAAUGUAGUUACUAGCAUUUUUAUAUAUUUCUCUUUGGUAAUUUACAUCAAAGCAUGAAUUUCUGGUUCAAAUGGUGACUGGUUAGAAUUGUCCAUAUUUUUUAAAAGUUUACAAAAAUGUAUUCAGGUGAAACUAAAGUCAGGUCUAUUCAUCAUUUGGAAAAUAAUAAUUACACAUUUAAAAAAAUCAAAUAUGGAUCAAACAGUGAAACAUGGUUAUCUAGUUUUGUUAAUACAUCUCAAUUUCUGAUACUCUGUUGCAUAAAGCACCACCAUAUGCAAAGACGAAUUAAUUAUAAAAAGAAUAAAGUUUUUGUAUUAUCUUAAAAGUGGAUAAACUAAUAACUCUGUACAUUUUGUAUUACAAUUAUAGCCUUGCUUCCAUUGGACUGUAAAUGUUUUGUUUUAUUUUAUUACUUUUUCUCUUUAAAAAUCAUUUGUUGGAUUUGCACUGACAAAAACAAAGAAUGUUAAAUCACUAACCAAGGGUUCAAAGGAAACUGAGUUAGAAACAACAGUAUUAUGAACAUUUAGGUGCUGACAUUUAGGCCAAAAUCCUCAAAGGUAUUUGAGUGCCUAACUCACCCACAGAAAUCAGCUGUUUUCACUGAAAUCAAUAGGAGUUAGGUCCCUAAAUACUUUAAUCUGGGCCUUAGUGACUUGUAUGAAGUUUUCAAUAACGGACAGGAAACGAAUACAUGAAAAUAUUUUGUUGUAAAAAAUACAAUGCUAUUAAACUUCUUGUUUUAAGUAAUGUGGAAAAAUAAAAAGCAACAUAUAAUUCCACUUUCAUUGGUUUUUCCUUUAUUAAUGAGCAUAUUAUUUUCUUCCUAUUUUCACUUUAGCAUAACACACGCUCCUUUGGAAUUAACUAGCACUUAUUUUGAGACUGUUGUGUCCAAAUCUCUAAGAAUGGGAAUCUCCAAUACCAUGUACAGUAAAACUCCAACUGUCUGGCAUCCAGUGGUCCGGCACUCGUGAUAGUCCAGCA